GGCAAGACUUUUAUCACAGCAAGAAAGCUAAGAAUUCACAAACGUAUUCACAUUGUGGAAAAACCAUUCAGCUGUGAUCAGUGUGGAAAAGCUUUUACUCUGAAGAGUACUCUAAUGAGCCAUCAACUUGUUCACAGUGGAGUUAAACCAUUCAACUGUGAUCAGUGUGGAAAAGCUUUUACUCAGAAGGGUCACUUAAAAAGCCAUCAACUCAUUCACAGUGGAGUAAAACCAUUCAGCUGUGAUCAAUGUGGAAAGGCUUUUAAUCAGAAGAGUAAUCUAACAAGCCAUCAACUCAUUCACAGUGGAGUUAAACCAUUAAGCUGUGAUCAAUGUGGAAAGGCUUUUAUUCACAAGGGUCAGUUAAAAAGUCAUCAACUCAUUCACAGUGGAGUUAAACCAUUCAGCUGUAAUCAUUGUGGAACGGCUUUUACACACAAGAGUACUCUAGCAAAUCAUCAACUCAUUCACAGUGGAGUGAAAUUGUUCAGCUGUGAUCAGUGUGGAAAGGCUUUUACUACCAAGAAAACGUUAAGAGAUCAUAAACUCAUUCACAGUGGAGUUAAACCAUUCAACUGUGAUCAGUGUGGAAAAGCUUUUACUCAGAAGAGUCACUUAAAAACUCAUCAACUCAUUCACAGUGGAGUUAAACCAUUCAACUGUGAUCAGUGUGUGAAAACAUUUACUCAACAUGAACAGUUGUUGAUCCAUCAAUGCCCCCAUUCUGGUAGAAAGCAGUACCACUGUGACUCGUGUGAAAAAACUUUCAGCUCCCAACAGAGAUUAAAACGUCACCAACGCAUCCACACUGGACAUGAUGUGUAUGCAUGUGAUUACUGUGGCAAACCAUUUCUAUUGUACUCACAGUUAAAAGCUCAUGAAGUGACCCACACUGGGGUUAAACCAUACCUUUGUGACCAGUGUGGGAAACGCUACAGCUACAUUGCACAUCUCAAAAUUCACCAACGUGUCCACACUGGGGAGAGACCAUACAGAUGUGACGAGUGUAAGAAGACUUUUACAACUUUGGGUUCCCUGAAACAACACCAGCAGAUCCACACCAGAAAGAAAGCAUUCAAUCAGUGUCACAGUGAGAACGGAACAGAUGGACAAAACUCUCAGACUUGUUAGCACUCUGCCAAUGCUGAACAGUGCUGCUUUGACCAGUCUGGACCAGGGCCGUGCAGAAACCUUUGGAGGGGCAGGUGCUCAAAGUUCAAAGGGGGACACAUGGAGCACGAAUUUGAAACGCCAUAAACACCAUACAGAAACAUACCUACAAUAUACCUGGGUGAAUUGUAGCAGCAGAUAUUCUUAAAGAAUGAAACAUAAAAUCACAAUAUAUGACACACCUGUGUCAUUCUCACCUUUUGUGUUCUUUAUGAUCCAGCUGGUGAGUGAUCCACUGCCUUUCGCAGCUUCACGCAGCUCCUUUUGUUUUUCUUUCGACCUCCUCUCCUUACGAGGCAUCUCUGCAAAUUGAAAUAUGAUUGAUAAACCACAAUCUGAUACACACACACACGCACACGCAGUGACAUUUCAUACCUUUUCAAGACAUACACUGUAUAACCACAGAUUUACUCCAUGGGGUUGAUUCAUAAUCUGCCCUUUAUUAUUCAUAGUGCUAAUAAUAAAGCGUAAAAAAAUUAUUUGAUAUAGAAAUCAUGUAUUUAAACUGAUUUGUGCUUUUAUUGAAUUUGACUAUCCACUUUGUGCAAGAGAGCAAGGU